UCCAGCUCCAGUGAGAGCAGCUCCAACUCCAGUGAGAGCAGCUCCAGCGACAGUGAUGAGAACCUUCCAAAGCCUGAACCACCAGCUAAUAGAAAGUGGCACCUUGAUGUCCUGAUGGCCGAGGCAAAGCGAAGAGCAGCUCCAAGAGAGGGUGCCAGGGAAAUUGCCUGUGGGAAUGGGCCUGAGCAGGGGGACAAGCAGGAGCAGGGCAGCAGCAGCAACUCCUGCCAGAAGAGCAGUGGCCAGGUGGCUCAGGCUCCUCAGCAAGCUCAUCUUCAGACUAAGCAGAGCUGCCUGGAGCCUCCUGGGCUCGCUGAGGAGACCUUGCCCAAGGAGUCUGUGGCUACCAAAAGACCUGGAGAGCCCCUGGAGCAUGAAAAAUCCAAAAGAGCGCGGAAGGAGGAGAGUGAGCCUGGUCCUGUGGAGGUGACAGAGCAGUUAUGGAAGGAUCAGCUGAAUAGAGACCCAAAGCUGGCACUUGAGGAGCCCUCUGAGGACAGAAAGGACAAGGGCUCCCCCCAGGCCAACACCAAAGGCUUUUUGGAGCCUGAGCUGCUGGGAGAUGCUCUGGAAUGUGAUGCCCUCAUCCCCAAUGGGCACAGGUCUGGGGAUUUCCACCAAGAGAAAGUGCCCUCACCUCCUGGGGAGAAGAAAUUGUUCUUUCCUCCAAGGAAACUGGACUUGAAGAGAAAAGAAAUGGAGAGUCCUGAGGAGUCCCCCAGAAAGAAGAAGAGAGAAGACAAGGGGGACACUCCCAGAAAGAGAAAGAAGUGAGAAAAAAAAUCCCCCCAAAAAUGCCAACCUUCUGCUAAGAAAGACUCCAGGAAGCUGAAAGCAUCAGAAGCUUCAUUCCAAACUGAGAGGAGGAAUGUGGUGCUGCCACCACUGCUGGACAUGACUGCUGCACAACGUGCACCAAACUGGACACGACGACCUGAAAGGGACCCAGAACCGAGACUGACAACCUGGACCUGGCUGCCAUGGACAGCCCUGCCAGGAGCCAGAACCUGCCUG